GACGUCAUCCGGGCGCGCCCUGUCUCUCCUCCCGUGUCUGUGUUUCUCCGCGAGCACCUUCCGCGAACUGCGCGCGUGUCAGGGUAAGCGAAAAGACCGGCCGAACGACUGCACCGGCACGUGAAACGGAGCAGGUGAUCUGCUUGCUACUCUUUUAUACCCAGGCCUAUUUGUUUGUGGUUGCAUGUCUAUAAGACCUGGGAAAUAUUACUUUGGAUACAAAUCCCAUGGAAAAUGUUUCAUUAAGAUACAGCUGACUUCAGAGUAAUUGGAAUUCCCCAAGGAAUACUUGGACCUAGAGAAGCUGUGCUCUCCUCGCUACAGGCACCGUGUACCUUGGACAACAAUUAAUAGUCGAAGAGGAGGGCAUUGGCAUAUAUCUGUGGGUGCCAUUGACAUGUCCGACCUGGCAUGAUGGCCGCACAACUUAAAGUAUCCUGGCAUCAAAGCUGAGAGGAGGAGCGCCUUUCUCCAGACAGAAGGAAUCGUGACCCAUAGUCAAACUGUCUCCCUCAAAGUGUCGCUUUGCGCAGAAUGUGAAAACAUUUGCACCUUCAGACAGUCUAGCAAAUGUCCAUGAAGUAGCAAGCUGGCUUUUGGAAAUGAAUCAGGAACUGCUGUCUGUGGGCAGCAAGAGGCGACGUACUGGCAGUUCUGUGCGAGGUAAUGCUUCUUCCAGCCAAGCAGAUGAGGAGCAGAUGGACAGAGUAGUGGAGGAGGAAGACCAGCAGCACCCACAGAACCCAGAGGAUGAUGACAUUGUGCUAAAUGGGGACAUAGAUGAUGAUGGCCCUGGAAGUGUUGACAGAGAUGAACCCCACCAGGAACAAUUUGAAGAAAACAAUAAUAGCUGUAUUGUAGCUGAUCAGGAGUCCACUGAUCGUCCUGAAGAACCUGAGCAGCAGCAUGAAGAAGAUGAGGACGAGGACCACUCGUGUGAUGUGGAAGAUGAGGACGAAGAGGAGAUGGACCAAGACAGUGAUGACUUUGAUCAGUCUGAUGACAGUAGCCGGGAUGAUGAGCAUAGAAAUGGCAAUGAUAUUCCCAAUUCCAAUAGUAUACUGGACAUGUCAAUACACCAGCAGUCCACUCCUUUCCACACAAAAACAAAAAUGAAGAGAAAGUUGGACCAUGGAUCCGAGGUCCGUUCUUUCUCUUUGGGAAAGAAGCCCUGCAAAGGCUCCGAGUACACAAGUACAACAGGUCUUGUGCCAUGUUCAGCAACACCUACCACAUUUGGGGACCUAAGGGCGGCGAACGGCCAGGGUCAACAGCGACGUCGCAUUACGUCAGUACAGCCUCCCACAGGCCUCCAGGAAUGGCUAAAAAUGUUCCAGAGCUGGAGUGGACCAGAAAAGCUGUUGGCUUUAGAUGAACUUAUUGACAGUUGUGAACCCACCCAAGUAAAGCAUAUGAUGCAAGUGAUUGAGCCCCAGUUCCAACGGGAUUUUAUUUCUUUGCUACCGAAAGAGUUGGCGCUGUACGUUCUUUCAUUCCUAGAACCCAAGGAUCUUCUACAGGCAGCUCAAACCUGUCGGUACUGGAGGAUCCUGGCUGAAGACAACCUUUUGUGGCGAGAGAAAUGCAAAGAAGAUGGAAUCGAUGAGCCUUUACAUGUGAAGAGAAGAAAGGUUCUUAAACCUGGCUUCACACACAGUCCGUGGAAAAGUGCAUACAUUCGACAGCACAGGAUUGAUACAAACUGGCGACGAGGUGAACUAAAAUCUCCAAAGGUGCUUAAAGGUCACGAUGAUCAUGUGAUCACAUGUCUACAGUUCUGUGGCAAUCGAAUAGUAAGCGGUUCCGAUGACAACACAUUAAAAGUAUGGUCAGCGGUUACUGGGAAGUGUUUAAGGACGCUUGUUGGACACACAGGUGGAGUCUGGUCGUCCCAGAUGAGAGAUAAUAUCAUUAUUAGUGGAUCUACCGAUAGGACGUUAAAAGUUUGGAAUGCAGAGACGGGGGAAUGUAUACAUACCCUAUAUGGACAUACUUCCACUGUGCGCUGCAUGCAUCUACAUGAAAAAAGGGUGGUGAGUGGAUCAAGGGACGCCACGCUGCGGGUUUGGGAUAUUGAAACAGGCCAGUGCUUACAUGUUCUUAUGGGGCACGUAGCAGCUGUUCGAUGUGUUCAGUACGACGGCCGGCGAGUUGUUAGCGGAGCUUAUGAUUUCAUGGUGAAAGUAUGGGACCCAGAGACCGAAACCUGUUUACACACGUUGCAAGGCCACACAAACAGAGUCUAUUCCUUACAGUUUGAUGGCAUACAUGUAGUGAGUGGCUCCUUGGAUACCUCAAUCAGAGUUUGGGACGUGGAGACUGGGAACUGUAUCCACACACUAACGGGGCACCAGUCAUUAACUAGCGGGAUGGAGCUGAAAGAUAACAUCCUGGUCUCUGGAAAUGCGGAUUCUACUGUUAAAAUCUGGGACAUUAAGACAGGACAGUGUUUACAGACUUUGCAAGGUCCCAACAAACAUCAAAGCGCUGUGACCUGUUUACAAUUCAACAAGAAUUUUGUAAUUACCAGCUCAGAUGAUGGGACUGUAAAACUGUGGGACUUAAAAACGGGUGAGUUUAUUCGGAACCUGGUUACGUUGGAAAGUGGAGGAAGUGGAGGUGUCGUUUGGCGAAUCCGAGCAUCCAACACAAAGCUUGUUUGUGCCGUUGGAAGCAGGAAUGGGACUGAGGAGACAAAGCUGCUGGUGCUGGACUUUGAUGUGGACAUGAAGUGAAGGCUGGGGGGAUGGAUUUGUCCAAAUUUCUAGACUGCAUAUUUCCCCAUUUUUUUCCCCACCUCAUCCCCAGUCCUUCCCUCCAAAAAAAUAUCCAUUGGCCUUGGUGAAACAGGAUAUUGGCUUGGGGCAACAUACUUCAAAGACCUACAGAUGGUGAAUACGACGACAGAAGACAUCUUGUCACACCUUAGACUUCACUUCUUGACAUCGGGUGCCUUUUUUCUUUUGGAAAGAGGAGGACUUUCAAAAACCCCGGUGCAAAAUCCCGUUAUUUGUUCCGAAAUGGUCACAGUGCGACCCCUGCAGUCUUAUGCUUUGGUGGACUGUCUUAAAUGCUAGAUCCCAACUAAAUGUUGAAAUCCACUUAAAUGCUGUUUGACUUUCAAAGAGAGCGGUUGCAACAAAGUCAUGUUCUUGAAAUGCUGAAGAAAAAACUGUGAAUUGUUUUGUACAGUUUCAUCACUUUUGUUUGUCGACUAUUGCCAAUGUCAAUCAAUCACAGUAUUAGCCUCUGUUUCUCUAUUAACUGUUGCUUCCAUCUGCACUCUUGAACGCAUAUGUUGCUCUCGGGUGGCAAGCUUGUCUAGAAGUUCUCAGAUGGAUUGAAAUCUUGAUGCUGGUGCUAGCAGUAGGUCUUUACAUACGGGAUUGUUGUCCCACAGCUGUACUGUAUUCCCAGUGGCCAAACAUAUUUAUGCUGCUAAAGGAAAGGAAAAGCAAAUUUUUUUUAUUGUAAUUAUAAUUUUACUGCUGUGACGUUUUAGUCCCAGACUGAAUUCCAAAUUUGAUCUAGUUUGGAUACAGAAAAAAAAGACUUUUUUGCCACUGAAAUUUGAACCCACUGUGCCUCUAAGAGGCCGUAAGUGGGACAGUUUCAGACAAUUACGAGUGAAGUUUGCCUGCAAAGAAGAAGAAGAAAAAAAAAAAAGUAAUUUGAGAGUGUGCAAAGCUUAUUUUCUUGUUUUGAACGAAGUAUAAACACAUUCCUUGGAACAAAGCUGUUUCGGCUUGUUCUGUUGGGAAAUUUUUUUUUUAUUUUGUGAGGGCUGUGGUGAAUGUAACAAAUUUGUGUAAUACAACUGACAAACCUAUUUUAAAAAUAUAAUACACAAAUUGAAAAUAAGAUUGCUGGUCAGGUUCAAUAGAUACGACAGUAUUUGGAGGUUAAACAACUGUUACAGUUUUAAUACGGAACUUGCAUUGUAAAGCAGAAGCUUGGAGGUUUUUGCUGUGCAAGCUUCACAUAAAAAUAAACAUAAACCAUACAAUUGUCAAGUAAUUUGCCUCAUUUUCCAAGAGUCACAACUCAAGCUGAACUGUGAAAAGUGGUUUAACACUGUAUCCUAGACUAUGGGUUUUUUCCCCCCUCUUUUUUUUUUUUUUUUUUUUCCUCCUCAUCCUACAUUUUCUUUUUAUUAUUUAUAGUCUGGUUUUUAAUCAGAUUCAAUUUGUUUCAUUUUACAGUUCUGUAACAACCUGAUGUGAUGGAGGAAAACGAUGUUUAAAGGGAUUGUGUCUAUGGUUUGAUUCACUUAGAAAUUUUAUUUUCUUAUAACUUAAAGUGCAAUAAAAGUGUUUUUUCAUGUUA